GCAGCGGGGAGGCACCAUUGAGUUGAAUCUAACGAUCAUCAUUUCGUCAUCAUUUGUAACCACAGAGCAUGAAUUACCUCUUGAAGUCAUCAGAGAGAAUUUACGACUGGUCAACAAAGGCACGUGAUGCCCUAACGCGCUCCCAUAUUUGGCCGCAUACUUGGCAAAAACGAAGUACAGUGCAUUGCUAUAAUUCAUUUUUACAUCAUAAAUUGGGCUGCGCAGGAUUUUAACGACCGAGAUCUGCUCAUCGAGACCGUUUUAAAGAAUAUCCAAAUGAGCUCCUAUUUUCUAAACUCCUUCUCAGGGCGCUAUCCGAAUGGGUCCGACUAUCAGUUACUAAAUUAUGGGACUAACGGCGCAAUGAACGGUGCUUACCGGGACUCUACGGGCAUGCAUUCCGGCUCUUUCGGUUACACCUACAAUGGGAUCGACCUUAGUGUAAAUCGCUCAAACAACAAUGCCCACUUCGGUACGGUUGGGGAUAACGGCCGUUCUUUCCAGAACCCGGGAACGGACAACCAGUACCGUCAAACGAGCUGCUCGCUUGCUUCUCCAGAUGCCCUUCCCUGCACCAACAGCGACAGUCUCAACCUGAAAGGCACCUCUGGCUCUUCUGACCAGACCACGACCGGGGGCAACAGUGCACUUACCACCAAUACCAGCAAUCUCAGCAGCAACAGCACACACUUUGUAGAAACGGACAAAGCAAACGUCUCUUCGGAGCCGGAGGAAGGCGCGCAAGCUAACCAUGCCACUGCACGCACGCAGAAACAAGAACCCGCGGCACCUUCCACUACAACACCCGGGGACGGUCAAACGCCACAAAUCUUUCCAUGGAUGCGGAAACUUCACAUUAGCCACGAUAUGACUGGACCUGAUGGGAAACGGGCUCGAACUGCCUACACACGCUAUCAGACGCUAGAGCUGGAGAAAGAGUUCCAUUUCAAUAGGUAUCUGACCCGGAGGAGGAGGAUAGAGAUAGCCCACGCUCUCUGCCUCACCGAGAGGCAAAUUAAAAUAUGGUUCCAAAAUAGGAGGAUGAAAUGGAAAAAAGACAACAAGCUGAAAAGCAUGAGUCUUGCUACAGGAGGAAGCGCCUUUCAAAACUGAUUGAAAUUGUUGAGAAUAUUCAACUACUGUUAUAGCACUGCACCUUUCUGCUUGUCAUUAUCAGGCGUCAUUUCUCUGUGUGACUGGUGUAACACGAAUUGUCAACCGUUGAGUAUUGUUCUAUCACAUAUGCCAUAUGGGCUACAGUUAACAGCCGCCGUAAAUUAAGUGUAAAUGCUACGUAUCAAGUUUAUACUUUCGUGAAAGAAAGCAUGUUCCAUUAAGCUCUUUGUGCGAAACUUUAAACAUGUAAAAUGAAUAUUGUACAGUAUCAACGCAAACUACCUAUAUCAUCGAGUAAAAAAAAACUUGUAUUCUUAAGAAUUUGUAUAGGGACGUCAAUGUAGACUGUUUUCCAGUUUUGCAGGACAUUUAUGCUUGUGCCGCGUUUAUUACUUUCUUGGAUAGGAUUGUUACAUUGCGAAAAGGAAUCCUCUAUAUUCGCACUUAGGCUACAUUUGUGUACUUUAUGUUGCAUCUAAACAUUUCUGGACUAAAUUUGGUGUCCAUGACGAAUGAAAUAUGUUUGAUGUACAGUUGUGACCAAUAUUUUAUUUGUACAAUGUGAGUGGUGAACGUUCCGUGUUAAAAAAUGCUAAGAAAAUGUUUUAACGUUGAUAUGCUGGAAAUUUUGCCAGCCGGCAUUUUUUUCUAUUUGUGUCUCGAUUAAAA